CGGGGUUGGGUUGUGGCGAAUUUUCGGGGUAUGCGGCUCUGCAGCCCGAUCCGUGCCCGCCGGGAGCGCUGAAAGGUGGCCGUGCUGACCCCGCUGCAGCCCGGAGAAGUUUCUUGUCUCCUACCGGAUCAAAGGCUGAAGACUUGACCUACAGCACCUAACCCCAGCCAUGUCUAUAAUGGACCAUAACCCCACCACCGGCGUGGUUACAGUCAUUGUUAUCCUUAUCGCCAUUGCAGCCCUUGGUGCCUUAAUUCUGGGUUGCUGGUGUUACCUUCGUUUGCAGAAGCUCAGCCAGUCGGAGGAUGAGGAGAGCAUUGUUGGAGAAGGAGAGACCAAAGAGCCUUUUCUCUUGGUUCAGUAUUCUGCCAAAGGACCUCGGGUGGAGAAGAAAACCAAGCUGACACCGAAUGGCACAGAGACACAUAGCUAAUUAACCACAUCCCUUCACCAACAUGUGUGAAGAAAGCAGAACUAAUACUGUGAAAAAUAAUAGACCCGUGUCCUGUUCGGAAGGUGUAUGUCCUCCCCAGCAGCCAGUCUCUUGCUGACGCCACUGAUGCACGCAGUACUCUUUCCUACAAUCACACCAUGUGUUACUUGAAUGUGUUUCAUCCUGCUUCAGUGGACAUCUCCCCUGGAAUGUGAACGUCUCUCCCCGCAGCCGUUUUUAAGCAUCCCACUAAUUUAACGUAUUAAUUCGCUGAUUGCCGACCCGAUUUGAAGGGAGAUUUUUUUUCAAUUAACCAUGCCUAACCCACUGGUGGUCAUAGUAAGCCCAGCCUUUCCUCGUGGUUCUAGACACUACAACCCCCAUA